GGGCGGCUCGUGUCCCCACGCUGGGCGAACCCAGCCUGCGUCCCGUCCCCACUCCCCGCCUUGGGGUGGUCCGCGGGGGCGCUGCGCUGCUGAGCCGCAGGACUGGUCGCUGCUCGCCCGAUCCCAGCGCUGCUGAGCCUGGGCGGCCGGAGAGGAGCCGGGGCUGGGGCUGGGGCUGGGGGGGAAGAGGCGCCCCGGAGCCCGCGCCUGCCCCCCAAGAUGCGAUGGGGGGUCCUCCUGCUGCUCGCCCUGCUGCGCGAGGCCGCGGGGGAAGCUCGCGGCAGGCUGGAGGCAGGACGCCUCCCCGGCCACUCCUUGGAGCGGGGAACAGGGACAAAGCUGCUGGGCUGGAGGCGGAAGAUUCGGGAGAGUUUGCUGGAGACCGACGAGACCCGCAUCAGCCAGGACCUAGUAGGAGGUAGCUUGGCCAUUGACACCCUGCCGGACAAUGAGACACAGAUUGUGGAAGACAACCAUAGCUACUACAUGUCGCGGUUCUACGGGCCGGGGGAGGCGCGCACCAAAGAGCUCUGGAUCGACAUGGCAGAAGCCAACAGAAGCCAAGUGAAAGUCCAUGGGAUCCUGUCCAACACGCACAGGCAGGCCUCGAGAGUCAUCCUGUCCUUUGACUUUCCCUUUUAUGGCCAUCACCUGCGGCAGAUCACCAUAGCGACAGGAGGUUUCAUCUUCAUGGGGGAUGUCAUUCACCGCAUGCUCACAGCCACCCAAUACAUUGCGCCCCUGAUGGCCAACUUCAACCCCAGCUACUCCCGCAACUCCACCAUCAAGUACUUCGACAAUGGGACAGUGUUUGUGGUGCAGUGGGACAAGGUCUAUCUUCAUGGGAAGGAGGACAUCGGCAGCUUCACAUUCCAGGCUGCUCUGCACAGCGAAGGGAGAAUCAUCUUUGGGUACAAGGAGAUCCCCAUGUCGGUCCUGGAGAUCAGCGCCACACAGCACCCUGUCAAAGCCGGCCUGUCCGAUGCCUUCAUGCUCCUCAACCCUUCCCCUGACGUUCCAGAGUCUCGCCGCAGGACGAUCUACGAGUACCACCGCGUGGAGCUGGACACCAGCAAGGUCACCAGCGUGUCGGCCGUGGAGUUCACCCCACUGCCCACCUGUCUCCAGCAUCAGAGCUGUGACGUGUGCGUGACCUCGGAGCUGACUUUCAACUGUAGCUGGUGUCAUGUCCUGCAGAGAUGCUCCAGUGGGUUUGACCGAUACCGUGAGGAGUGGCUGUCACAUGGCUGUGGCCAAGAGUCGGACGAGAGGACCUGUGAGGACUGGGCAGAGAGCGACCACUACUCACCGUCCCCAAACAGCCCCUUCACGUCAUUUGAUGAAGAUGUCACUACCUCCUCUCUUUUCAUUGGCAGCCUCACCACGGAAGAUGACACAAAGCUGAAUCAGUUUGCAGGAGGGGAUGGAGUGAGAAAUGACCUUCCCACAAAGACAUCUGGAGCCCCGAUUCACACCGGGACCAUCGUGGGCAUAGUCCUGGCCAUCCUGCUCAUUGCAGCCAUUAUUCUUGCUGUAAUUUACAUCAGCAGCCACCCCACCUCCAACGCUGCCUUGUUCUUCAUUGAGCGGAGACCACACCACUGGCCAGCCAUGAAGUUCCGAAACCACACCAACCACACAACAUACUCUGAGGUGGAUCCUGCUGGCCAUGAGAAGGAGGGCUUUGUGGAAGCAGAACAGUGCUGAGCACAUUCCUUUUCCUUCCCCGCCCCCACAACCUCCCUUGUCUUCAGGGUUAGAGUCUCCUGUUAUUCUACUGCAAACUCUCUCCUCUGUCGGGAAAGGAACAGGAACCAGAGGCAAAAGACCCAAUGGAGCAUUGAAAAAGAACGAAUCAGGGCAAUGCAAAGAUGCGACUCUGCAGGACUCCUCUGGGAACAGCAGAGCCUGAAGCAGGGGCAGUGCAUUAUGACAUCAGUCUGCCUGCAGUUUGGUGCCAGAGCCCUGGGGGUGUCAGUAGGGAAAGCUGUAGUUGAGUUAGGGGUUUUUUGUGUAGUGUUGACUUCUUCCCUUCCCCCUCAGGCAUCUAAGAUGAGCAGUUCCCAAUCUGGGCCCGCAUCCUUUCCUCCUCCACUCAUCAUUCCACCCCACUGCUUCGAACCCUACCCGUCUCUCCUUCAGGCUAAUAGCUCUCCCCCUCUGUCCAGGGAGCAAAGAAGAUCUGGCCGUUCUAAGGCUCAUGCCCUGUAAAGGAUUCACCUUCAGUGGCACUUCUCCAAUCACCUGUCCUUUCUGGUCAGUCACAUUAUUUUGCUGAUGCCCCUGAGGGAGAUGUAGUGGUGGAUGAGAGACCUCAGAUCCCUUCCUCCAAACCCAGGUUGUCUUCUACUCUCAUCACAGCCGCCAAACCAGAUCAGAUUACAAUGGGAGAGGGUGGGGAAAGAGCAUUAUGGAAAAUGUUGUUCUCCCAGAGCUAAAACCUGAAGUAAACUCAAGCAAAUUUUUCACUGAAGUCAAUGGAAGUUUCAUCUUAGUGAGGACAGAGAUCUAGAGAUUGAACUCAGUUGCACUGUCAUAAAUCCUGAGUAACUCUAUUGGAAUCAAUGCAUCUAAAGCCUGAUCCAAAGUCCAUUGCAGUCAAUGGGAGUCUUUCAAUUUACUUCAGUUGGCUUUAGAUGAGGCCUCUACUGGGGAUUUUCACUGGUAUCACAUUCUGGCCCUGAGUAAGGACUUUAGCAUUAGAUCUCUAGAGGUUUUCUUUUUCUUAUCCUUU